AUGUGGGACCGCGUCCAGAAGCAGCUCCAGGACGCAAAGUACUUUUUGCGCCAACAAUCCGGCCCGAGACUACACAACCCUUACUCGUUCUGGCCAGCUGUCUUCACCAACCGUGAAGCAACCCGAAACGUCAUCAUAUGCGGGUUCCACAUACCAAAGGGCACCAAGCUUGUGCUUUCGCCGUAUGUCACCAAUUUAUCGCCUAGAGUGUGGGGACCAGACUCUCAUGAAUUUCACCCGAAACGAUGGGAUAAUCUAUCAGGAGAAGCAGCGGGUCCUUACGGCAUCGAGACAUUUUCCAAUGGCCCACGGAUCUGCAUCGGGAAGCAAUAUGCUAUAAUGGAGAUCAAGACUCUACUCGUAGAGCUGGUGAGUCAUUUUGUGGUCACCAAGGGAAAGGCACUCGCGAGUCUUGAAAAUGAGGCUGUUCCUUAG